ACAUAAUGCAAAAGAAGGACAAAUUAUUGCAGGUGGAAAUGGCAAUGGAAGCCGAAUGCAACAAUUGAAUAAUGCAACAGAUGUGAUUGUUGAUCAACAAAAUCAUUUGAUCAUCAUUGCUGAUCGUGGAAACAGACGAGUAAUUCAAUGGUUGAAUCAAAAUCAAGAAAUCCUGAUCGAGAAUAUUGGCUGUUAUGGCUUGGCAAUGGAUAAAGAUGGAUUUCUUUAUGUAUCUGAUUCAGGGAACAAUGAAGUGAGACGAUGGACAAUGGGUGAAUACAAUGAAGGUGUUAUAGUGGCAGGUGGAAAUGGAAAAGGAAGUCAAGUCAAUCAACUCGAUUAUCCUAGUUUUAUUUUUGUUGAUGAUGAUCAAUCUGUUUAUGUAUCAGAUCAAAACAAUCAUCGUGUGAUGAAAUGGAGAAAAGAUGCAAAAGAGGGAACAAGUGUGGCUGGAGGAAAUGGUCAAGGAGCAAAUCUCAAUCAAUUGUCUUAUCCUGAAGGAGUAAUUGUUGAUGAUUUGGGUCAAAUCUAUGUGGCAGAUUAUGAGAAUCAUCGAGUAAUGCGUUGGUGUGAAGGAAAAGAAGAAGGUGAAAUUGUUCUUAGUGGAAAUGGUGAUGGAAAUCAACCAAGACAGUUGUAUUAUCCCCGUGAUUUAUCUUUUGACGAUGAAGGAAAUCUUUAUGUUGUUGAUCGGUUCAAUCAUCGAGUUGCAAAAUUUGAAAUUAUACUGUGA